UGAGUGUAAUUUAGAAAAAUAAUUUCAGUCCAGCAUGGCAACACCCUCCGGAAGCUUCUUGUCGUGAAAUUGGCAAUCAUUCGAGCGCGGAUUAUCCAGUCCGGCGCACCGUCGAGUAACAACCUAACGAUGGCCACAGUAUCAGUGGCGGCUGAAUGGCAGCUUCUCUACAAUCGGUAUUACAGGAAGCCGGAGCUCUAUCAGAUGCAAUGGAAGCACGUGGACCUAACGCGCAACAAGGUCGCUUGUUCCCCCUUCGGCGGGCCCAUCGCCGUUAUCCGCGACGACGCCAAGAUCGUCCAGCUCUACGCCGAGUCCGCCCUCCGGAAGCUCCGAAUCUUCAACUCCGCCGGCGUCCAGAUCGCCGAAACUGUCUGGAAGAACCCUGGCGGCCGUCUCGUCGGAAUGUCCUGGACCGACGACCAGACGCUGAUCUGCAUUACUCAGGACGGCACCGUUUACCGCUACGACAUCCACGCAGAGCCUCUAGAAUCGCUCUCCCUCGGCAAAGACUGCUUCACGCACAGUGUGGUGGAUUGCGUCUUCUGGCACAACGGCGUCGUUUGCAUCAACGAGGCCUUUCAGGUCUUCUGCAUACCCGAUUUCAAGAAUCCGAACCCGAUCCAGCUCGCGGAUCCUGGCUUGGAGGACUUUCCGCUCUCUAUGACGGUGAUCGAGCCCCAGUACACCAUGUCUGGAAAUGUGGAAGUGCUGAUGGCAGUAGGGGAUCACGUGUUAUUGGUAGAAGAGGACGGGAUUCAGCAGCUGGGAGUUGGAAUUGGGCCGUUGCAGAAGAUGGUGGUUUCGCGGAAUGGGAAGCUGCUGGCGUCUUAUACACAUGAUGGUAGACUUCUGGUCAUGUCCACGGACUUCUCCAACAUCAUUUUCGAUUACACUUGUGAGUCAGCCCUACCUCCUGAGCAGCUGGCUUGGUGCGGAAUGGAUAGUGUAUUACUUUACUGGGAUGACAUGCUUUUAAUGGUGGGUCCUUAUGGCGAUCCAGUACGCUACAUCUACGACGAACAAAUUCUGUUGAUCCCAGAAUGUGAUGGAGUUAGAAUACUAUCCAACACAAGUAUGGAGUUUCUGCAUAGAGUACCAGAUUCCACCGUAUCUAUCUUUCAAAUUGGGAGUACGCUGCCUGCUGCUUUACUUUAUGAUGCCUUGGAUCAUUUUGACAGGAGGAGUGCCAAGGCAGAUGAGAAUUUGAGGUUAAUUCGCUCUUCAUUGCCUGAGGCUGUUGAAGCAUGUAUUGAUGCGGCAGGUCAUGAAUUUGAUAUUUCACAGCAAAGAACCUUGCUAAGAGCUGCAAGCUAUGGUCAAGCAUUUUGCAGCCAUUUUCAGCGUGAUCGUAUUCAAGAGAUUUCUAAAACCUUACGAGUCCUAAAUGCUGUGCGCAAUUCAGAGAUCGGCAUUCCUCUUAGUAUUCAGCAAUAUAAGUUGCUUACACCUUCGGUUCUGAUCGCUCGUCUAAUUAAUGCUCAUCAUCACCUUCUCGCACUGCGAAUAUCAGAAUAUCUUGGUAUGAAUCAGGAAGUUGUAAUUAUGCACUGGGCAUGUACAAAGAUUACAACAUCCUCUGCAACCCCUGAUGCUAAUCUUCUGGAAAUUUUACUUGAUAAGCUUAAGUUGUGCAAAGGCAUAUCUUAUGCUGCAGUUGCUGCCCACGCAGAUAAGAGUGGUCGACGUAAAUUAGCUGCUCUUCUUGUUGAACAUGAACCACGUUCAUCUAAACAGGUUCCUCUCCUGUUGAGCAUAGGAGAGGAAGAUACUGCUCUCACAAAAGCAACUGAAAGUGGCGACACGGAUCUUGUUUACCUAGUCCUCCUUCAUAUUUGGCAAAAGAGACCAGCUUUGGAGCUCUUUGGAACUAUACAGUCUAGACCACUGCCACGUGAUUUAUUUAUUAGUUAUGCACGGAUUUACAAGCAUGAAUUUUUGAAAGACUUCUUCCUAUCUACUGGACAACUGCAGGAAGUAGCUUUUCUUUUAUGGAAAGAAUCAUGGCAAUUAGCAAAGAAUCCAAUGGCAAGCAAAGGAUCUCCUCUGCAUGGUCCUCGUAUAAAACUUGUUGAGAAGGCCCAUGGCCUUUUUGCAGAAACAAAAGAACAUGUUUUUGAGUCAAAGGCAGCUGAAGAGCAUGCAAAAUUAUUAAGGAUACAGCAUGAGUUGGAGGUGACAACUAAACAGGCCAUCUUUGUUGAUUCAAGUAUCAGUGAUACUAUUCGUACAUGUAUUGUUCUGGGAAAUCAUCGCGCUGCAACAAAAGUCAAAACAGAAUUCAAGGUAUCAGAAAAGAGGUGGUAUUGGCUAAAAGUUUUUGCUUUGGCAACUAUCAGGGACUGGGAUGCUUUAGAGAAAUUCUCGAAAGAGAAGAGACCACCAAUUGGCUACAAACCAUUUGUAGAGGCAUGUGUUGAAGCGAAUGAGAAGGAGGAAGCUCUCAAAUACAUACCCAAGCUGGCUGAUCCUCGGGAAAGAGCAGAGGCUUAUGCUGGAAUUGGAAUGGCCAAGGAAGCUGCCGAUGCUGCAUCUCAGGCUAAAGAUGGUGAAUUGCUCGGGCGGCUGAAGCUGACUUUUUCACAAAAUGCUGCCGCUGCUUCGAUUUUUGACACUCUUCGAGAUAGAUUAUCCUUCCAAGGCAUGUCAUAAUCUUGUCUCCUCUCAGAAGCAUCUGUUAUCGGCGUUGUUUGUGUGUUUCCCAUCCAAUUACUGAUCAGUGACUUCUAGCAAGCGCAAUCUUAGAUCCAACCAAUGAAGUUGAUGACUAUAAUUUUGCUGUAAAUCUGACUCGGUUCUUGUUUGGGUGUAUGUAUAUAUGCCACUAUAGUGGUGCAAGCUAUUGCGUCUAUCUUGUCCUUCGGUCAACCUUUUCAAUUUUAUGCUUUGUAGAUAGCAAGCAUGAUUCGGGAUGAAUAUUUAUGUUUGUUACAUAGUGAGAGUUUGCAUGAUUCCUAGACAUUUGACAUUCUUGUACCUACAAAAAUGAUUUCAGAAAAAAAAAAAAAAAGUUUUCUCACA